UGCAGAUCAAGCUGAAGAGUCAUGCUGAGAGCUGUCAGGAGUCCUUGGCCUUGUGGUUUCAGCUUGAAGUGGGACACAAGAUAUGCCCCUGGACACACACACACAGCAGUUCUUCUCUCCAGAGUGGGGAAUCUGACCUUGAACGACAUGAGUGUUAAGCUGUGGCAGGAUUCUUGCUUACUUUGUUUAUUGAUGAGGCAAAGAAAGAUGAUGAAUAAUAUCCUGCCGUGAGGGAAGGACAGAAGCAGCCUCUCAGUGAGGCCCUGGCAGGAAGAAACACACUUGGAUCACAAAGUUGUGAUAACACCAUUCAAGCCAUGGGAUCCAGUAGCUAUGACUGAUCUCACCUGCCCUCUGCAGUACCAGGUGGCAAAGCUCAUCCCACCUCUCGCUGCUUUGCAGCUGUGACCUCCAGGGCCUUCCUGCAGUGCUGUCAGUGCUCUGGAGGGUGGGAGGACUGCAGUGCCUCUGAGCAAGACUGAUGCUCUCUCUUCUCUUUAUUGCUGCUCCCUAAUUUAAGGGAAGCAGCUCUGAGGCUGCUCUGGCCUUGCAGAAGAGAUCAGAGCCAAGUGAAUCUGUGGAAUAGCGCAGUUCCUUGGGACUCUGGGAAUGUUUUAUUUCAUCUGGGGAAUUUCCAGCUGCCCUGCUGGUCUGUCUCACUGAGAUUGACAUUCAGAAGAGCCCAUAAGAGAAAGGAAAACUGUUUAAGACUGGACAGUGCAGUGAGCGGCCCCAGAAAUGGAAUCUGUCCGGAGCAAGGAAUGAGUUUGUUUCCUAGGACAUCUGGCCUGUUGCAUGAAGGGGGCAGUCUGCUUGUAGCCAGAGCUGAGCUGCUCCGUAACCACAGCUGCUGAAGCAGUUGGAGCAUUUCUGGCAAUGCCUGUAGUUCGUCAAGAGAGCAUUUAAGGAAGUUGAGUUGCGGAAGUUCACCGAGCCGGGUGCUUCACCAGCACAGCUCCAAGGAGUGGAUCCCUCCCGGAGGGACGGUGGGCGUUUGAGCCCACGAGCGCGCCAGCCAUCGCCAGCCUUCCUCUGGGUGACCUUGGGUGAGGCUCUGCUUGCCUGGAGAGCUGUUGAUUUACAAUGCAGAUUCAUCGCUCCUCGCCUGCCUGUCCCUGCCCCUCCUAAAUUGGGCUGGGAUAUAAGAGGUUGUUUGCUCUCCGAUGCCAACAGUGGCCAUGGCAGAACGCCCUGCCACGUGAGAGGCAGAGAUAGAGGAGAGGGGGCUAAGGAGGAGUGAGCUGUGCGGCUGCUCUUGCUUCUGGUAGCUGAGGAGCACAUCAGCAGGACCAUGUCUGUGCUGAACCCCGUCCUGCAGCCCACGGAGGUGAAGGAGUACCUGUGCAAGGGCGACCGCUUCAUCAAAUGGGACGAUGAUAAGUGAGGCAAAGGAGUUAAGGAAGAUCAGAUUGGCCUCUUACAUCACUGCUCAGCUUGGGACUGAACUAGGGCCUUCCAGCAAAAUAGCAAACCCACAGUUUUUCUACAGAGCCCUCACCUUAUCCAGCUUUGAUAAGGCACUGUCUAGAGGAGGGAGCAAUGGAUCCCUGUCAGGCCAGGGUUGUUCUGACCUGUCCCAUGGAGUCAGUUGCAGGACCCUGGUGUGAAGAGCAGCUCUGCAGUGCUUUGUUCAGCAUCCAGCAAGCUGGGGCUCCUCAGCAGCCUGAAGAGAUGAAGUCCUACUACAUGGGUGGUAGCUGAGUUAAAGAACCAGCUGGGAACCCUUUCAGAGCCCCAGGAAACAUCAAAUGCUUCUCCUGUGAUUCUCCGAGUGGAUCCCCAGGGCUUUUACGUGUACUGGACCUAUCAGAGCACGGAAAGGGAAAUUCUGGACGUCACCAGCAUCCGAGACACCCGAGCAGGGCGAUUUGCCAAAAUGCCCAAGUCCCUGAAGCUCCGGGAGGUUUUUAACUUGGAUUACCCUUACAGCACCUUCCUGCUGAAGACCCUGACAAUUGUUUCUGGCCCUGACAUGGUUGACCUCACUUUCCAUAACUUUGUAUCCUACAAGGAGAAUAUUUGCAAGGACUGGGCUGAGGAUAUCAUGGCCAUUGCCCGGAAUCCCCUCACGUACAACGCUCCCCGCUACACCUUCCUGGAGAAAAUUCUAGUGAAGCUGAAGUUGCAACUAAAUGAAGAGGGAAAGAUUCCUGUCCGGAAUAUUUUUCAGAUGUUCCCUGCAGACAAGAAGAGGGUGGAAGAAGCAUUAAGUGCUUGUCAUCUCCCAAAUGGCAAGAAUGAUGCCAUCAACCCCGAGGACUUCCCCGAGCCGGUGUACAAGACGUUCCUCAUGAAUCUGUGUCCACGACCCGAGAUUGAUGAGAUAUUUACCUCACACCAUCUAAAAGCAAAGCCCUACAUGACCAAAGAGCACCUGGCAAAGUUCAUCAACAAGAAGCAGCGUGAUGCCCGCCUCAAUGACAGCCUCUUCCCACCAGCCAAACCUGAGCAGGUGCAGAGCCUGAUAGAGAAGUACGAGCCCAGCGGGUUUAACAUCCAGAGAGGGCAGCUGUCUCCAGAGGGGAUGGUGUGGUUCCUCUGUGGCCCCGAGAACAACCUGAUAGUGCUGGACAAGCUGAUGCUGUACCAGGACAUGACGCAGCCGCUCUCACACUACUACAUCAACUCCUCACACAACACCUACCUGACAGCCGGGCAGUUUUCUGGGACAUCCUCUCCCGAAAUGUACCGCCAGACGCUGCUGGCCGGCUGCCGCUGCGUGGAGCUGGACUGCUGGAAAGGCCGGCCCCCGGACGAGGAGCCCAUCAUCACCCACGGCUUCACCAUGACAACUGAGAUCCUCUUCAAGGAUGCCAUCGAGGCCAUUGCAGAAAGUGCUUUUAAAACAUCUCCGUACCCUGUGAUCCUGUCCUUCGAGAACCACGUGGACUCGCCCAAGCAGCAGGCAAAGAUGGCCGAGUAUUGCCGAACCAUUUUUGGAGACAUGCUGCUGACAGAGCCACUGGAGAAAUACCCGCUGAAGCCAGGAGUUCCUCUGCCAAGUCCUAAGGAUCUCUUAAGGAAAAUCUUGAUUAAAAACAAAAAGAAUCAAUCUAUGUCUGGGAAGAGGCAGAACUCUUUGAAGAAAGGGAGAAAUGUGGAACCAGAAACCGCUGAACAGCCGAUCUCUGUGGAUGCUGAAGAUACUGUCUGGGCAGGUGAUGUGGCUGAAGAGGAGCCAGAGGAAGAGGAUGAACAGCUCAGAAACCUGGAUGAAGAAGAAAUCAAAAAGAUGCAGUCAGAUGAGGGCACAGCUGGCCUGGAAGUGACGGCGUACGAGGAGAUGUCCAGCCUGGUUAACUACAUACAGCCCAUCAAAUUCAACUCCUUCGAGGUCUCUGCCAAGAAGAACCGGAGUUACGUCAUCUCUUCCUUCACCGAGAUGAAGGCUUGCGAUCUACUGAGCAAGUUCCCCGUGCAGUUUGUAGAAUACAACAAGUGGCAGAUGAGCCGCAUUUACCCCAAAGGCACCCGGAUGGACUCCUCCAAUUACCAGCCGCAGAUGUUCUGGAAUGUCGGCUGUCAGAUGGUGGCACUCAACUUCCAGACCAUGGAUGUCCCCAUGCAGCAGAACAUGGCCCUGUUCGAGUUCAAUGGGCAGUGUGGGUACCUGCUCAAGCACGAGUUCAUGCGGCGCCCCGACAAGCAGUUCGACCCCUUCUCCACGGACCGCAUCGACGGGCUGGUGGCUACUACCGUCUGUGUCACGGUACUCUCUGGUCAGUUCCUCUCGGACCGCAGCGUGAAGACCUACGUGGAAGUGGAGCUCCUUGGGCUGCCAAGGGAUGCCAAACGCAAACACAGAACCAAACUGACCUCCACGGCCAACUCCAUUAAUCCUGUGUGGAAAGAGGAGGCUUUUGUUUUUGAAAAGAUCAUGAUGCCUGAGUUGGCAUCUCUCAAAAUUGUGGCAUGGGAAGAAGGAGGGAAGUUCAUUGGCCAGCGUAUCAUUCCUGUCAUCGCGAUACACCCAGGCUACCACCACGUGUGCCUGCGCAGCGAGAGCAACAUGCCGCUCACCAUGCCCGCCCUCUUCGUGUUCCUGGAGAUCAAGGACUAUGUGCCGGACGCUUGGGCAGAUCUCACUAUUGCCCUCUCCAACCCCAUCAAGUUCUUCAACCUGCAGGACAAGUGCUUGGUGAAGCUCAAGGAUACCUCGGGGGAGAGGCCUGGCACACAGACAAACCUCUCAUCUGCUGAGACUAAUGGGGUGGCAGGCUCCACUGGGAAACCCAGCAUUCCACCCUCUAACGGCUCCACAGGAGCAUCAGUGUUCACCAAAGAUGAAGCUGUGUUAGAAGUAAUGCAGAUGGCAGAGCCUGACACAAUCACCCUUGCUGAGCUGCAGCAGAAGAAGCGCUUCCUGAAGCUGCUGAAGAGGCAGGAGAAGGAGCUGAGGGAGCUGGAGCACAAGGGAAGCAAACAGAGGGAGGAGCUGCUGCAGAAGUACUCUGUGCUCUUUUCGGAGCCUGCCUGCCCGGGGGGCAAGAAAAGGACAAUACGCACAAGGAAAACCCAGAAGAAGAGGAGUGUGACCCCUGGUGAUGCUGGUACCAGUGCAAAUCCUGUAAAAGCAGCAGAGAGCAUCGAUCACCACUGGCUCGUGGAGCUGAGGGAGAGGCUGGAGAUGGACCUCAUCCACCUUGGGGAGGAGCACCACAGUCGGAUCCGAAGGAAGAAAGAGCAGCACGCUACCGAGCAAGUUGCCAGGAUCCUGGAGCUGGCCAGGGAGAAGCAGGCAGCUGAGCUGCGGGUGCUAAGGGACACGUCGGAAAGCAACAUUAAAGACAUAAAGAAGCGGAUGGAGGCAAAGAGAGUGGAGCGGGUCCAGGCCAUGCUGAAGAAUACCAGUGACAAGGCUGCUCAGGAGAGGUUGAAGAAAGAAAUUAACAACUCCCACAUUCAGGAAGUGGUGCAGACAGUCAAACGGAUGACAGAGAAGACUGGCAGGUUCCAGCAGAAACUUGAGGAGAAGCAGGCAGCAAGUCUCCAGUCCAUCAAGGAGAGAGAAAGCCAGCUCCAGCAGCAGGCACGGGUGGAAUAUGAGGAGAAGCUGAGAGCUCUGAACAUGGAGGUUCAAGAGAUGGUGAAGAACUACACCAAAGCCAGCUUUCUUGGAGAGCCACAGACUGAGAAAGAAGCAGACCAAAGCAUUCCUGAGGGAGAACAAAGCUUUACACACCAACUGGAAGCAAAUAUUCCAGUGGCAGAGGUGUCCAGGCUUACACUGGCAAUAACUGAGCCCUCGGGAGCUGGAAUGGAUGUAGAGAUAGAAGAGAGCAUAUUCUGAGAUGAGUCCCUUCCUUACUGUUCAUUGCAAGAAGGUGUAUGGUGAAGUAACAACCAACUUCACAAACUACUGCCAUCCCUUUCUUUCUGGGGAGUCCCUGAAAUCCUUCAGGAAUGUGCUACAUUAUUCCAGCUAUCUGGAAGCAGGCUGGAGAGCUCACUCUUCAGAGUACUUCACCCUCUGUCUUUCCCAGCCUGAGCUCUGAGGUAUUUCAACAGUGGGAAAGGGUCUGUGCCUGCAGACCAGCUCCCUGUUGGCAUCACAGGAAUAUUUACUUUGCAUUCAGACCAGGUUUUAGAGUCAGUUCCAUCAUCAUUCCUCACAUGGAUCCCUUCACAUCAGUCCAGCUCCUCCUAACAUCUUCCACACGGUUCAGUGAAAUAGCAAUAAACAAACCAAACAAAAACCCCUAAACACUGAUACAGAGACACCACAAGUAGGAAUGGGCAUGGAAAGUGGGCUCAAUCACAGCAAACCACACCAGGGUGUGCACCCUACAGGAAAACAGUUACACCUGAAGCUGCAUUAAUAAACAGUUACAAAUGCUGCUAUAAAACAAACCAAGCCCCAGGUCAAGCAGGUAUGAGACAGCACAUUCCAAGCCUAGUCUGAACACCCAACAAGAGUCCACAUCUCCCCUGUGGUGUCCCCUGAGUACUGGAAUUAUCGAUUGUACAUU